UUUUACACGUUUUUUUUUUUUACAUUAGAAACUACAUUUUUACAAGAUUUUAGAUCUAAAUCUGAUCAUUUAGGUCUAAAAUAUAUAGAUCUAAUUUCAUGCAGAGGCUUAAUUGAUUAGAUCUAGUCUGGACUAUUCAUUCAUAUUCAAUCAUAUAUUGCAUUUGUCUGUUGAUUUAAAAACGGUAGGAGAAGGGGUUUUGUACCAUGGCUACUGGACGAGGAGGGAGAGGUGCUGCCCUGUUGGAAGCACUGGCUAACAAUCUAAGUAACAGACCUGGUCUAAAAGAAGAGGAACCACAAAGUAAACAGUUUUCAUCAGGAGCUUCACUAGGCCGGGGAUCUCUCUUGGCAGCAGCUUUAAAACAGACUGGAGAGACCAAGCCAAGUUUGUUAUCUGAACCAGCUCAAUCAACACUAUCUACACCUUCCAUUGAGUCCAAACCUUUAGGCAGAGGCUUUGCCGCCAUGAAAGCAUUGCUCCAACAUCAGCAACAAAUUCCAAUGGUAGGCAGAGGAAUGGGAGUAUCAGCACAGACUAGCUCUACAUCACUCUAUCACCCCACAUCAAGUCAAGCAUCACCAGCUCUAACUGCGCCUUUGUUAGCUAAUCAAAAUAAUAGUGGCUCUCAAGAUAUCGAUGAAAUUUCUAGAAGACUGGGUCAAGUAGAUGUGCAAGAGCAACCCAGGCGUAAAGAACGAGAAAGACUUCCUACAGUAACAAUGAUUGGAACAGAGGGAACACCUCUUGACCUGAGUGCCAACUAUGUGAGAGUCAAGUGUACAAAUCCAGGAGUGUAUCUCUACUCUGUACAGUUUUCUCCUCCUAUAGAUAACAGGAAACUCAUGAUGAAGCUUUUGAUGGAGCAUAAAGACAAGUUUCCCACUUUGAACAGUUUUGAUGGGAACAUUUUUUAUUUACCAUACAAACUGCCGCAAGAGGAAGUAAAUCUCACUUCCACAAGGAAAACUGAUGGUAGUAAAAUAUCAAUAAAAUUAUCCUAUGUGAAAAUGGUCCCACCAGAACAUUGCUGUCACUUAUAUAAUGUUAUAUUUCGAAGAAUCAUGUACAUCUUGCAAAUGUGCCAGGUGGGAAAAUACUAUUAUAAUCCCAACACUCCAGCAGUUGUCCCCCAGCACAAGCUAGAAGUAUGGCCUGGGUACAUUACAGCCAUCAAAGAACAUGAGGGAGGACUACUGCUAUUACUUGAUGCUUCCCACAGAGUUCUCAGAACAGAAACAGUACAUGACAUUAUGGAGAAGAGCUACCAUCUAAAUCCCUCCAAUUAUAAAUCAGAUGUGUUCAAAAUGGUGGUCGGCUGUGUUGUGUUGACGAGAUACAAUAACAAAACAUACAGAGUGGAUGAUAUUUUAUGGGAUUCUUCACCCAUGGAGCGCUUUCAACUCAAGACUGGCGAAAGUAUGACCUUCGAAGAAUACUACAGAAAACAGCACAAUAUAGUUAUCAAGAACCCAAGUCAGCCAUUAUUGCUGAGUAAAAGAAAACCACCUAAAGGAAUGCCACCAGGUUUUAAAAUGGAUCCAGAGUUUCUGUGCUUGGUCCCUGAGUUGUGUUAUAUGUCUGGUUUGACAGAUGACAUCAGGUCACAGUUUACUGUCAUGAAGGACUUGGCUGCUCAUACCAGGGUGACACCUGCCCAAAGGCAAUUUGCAAUGAAAAAAUUUGUUAACAAUGUCAACAGCAAUCCAGACGCUAAGAAGGAGCUGGCCAUUUGGGGUUUGGAACUAGACUCAUCCACAGUAUCAAUCAAUGGUAGACUGUUGCCUAUGGAGAAGAUAAUAAUGGGCAACAAAGAGUUUAUGGCUGGCCCUCAGUGUGAUUGGUCACGGGAUGUUUGCCGCAAUGAACUAGUUUCUGCUGUCAGUCUGAUGAACUGGGGUGUCUUCUAUAUACGCAAAGAUGCACCUCGUGUAAAUGAUUUUAUACGGUGUUUACAGAAUGAAGCAAAGAACAUGGGCAUUAAUUGUUUAGUCCCAUUUCGCAAAGAGCUGGUCAAUGAGAAAAUUGAGACUCUGGUUCAGGAAUUGAGGAACUCUAUCAACUCAAAGGUCCAGUUGGUGGUGGUUGUUAACCCUACUAACAGAGAAGACAGAUACUCAGCCAUUAAGAAAGUUUGUUGUGUUGAAGCCCCAGUUCCAUCACAGGUGAUCAUCUCCAAGACAAUAGCAAAGCCUGAUAAACUGAGAAGUGUGGUGCAGAAAAUAGCAUUACAGAUUAAUUGUAAAUUGGGUGGAGAAUUGUGGUCUGUUCCAAUACCAUUGCAAAAGCUAAUGGUGGUUGGUAUUGAUACCUAUCAUUGCCCAACUAAAAAGAAAGCUUCCAUUGGUGGAUUUGUUGCCAGUAUGAACCACACAUGUACCAGAUGGUACUCCAAGGUCUGUAUUCAACAACCGGGUCAAGAAUUGGUUCAAGGUCUUCAGAUUUGUUUGACAGCAGCAUUAAGAAAGUUUCAUGCUGAGAAUCACUUUCUUCCGGAGAAAAUUGUCAUAUUUCGCGAUGGUGUGGGUGAUGGACAGUUGGAUGUUCUUGCUGAUCAUGAGGUCAAGCAACUUCACCGGUGUUUUACUAGUUUUGGAGAAUACACACCUUUUUGUACAACCGUAUGUGUUCAGAAACGAAUUAACACAAGAAUUUAUUCCAGAGAGAGAAAUGGAGAAAUGGCAAAUCCACCACCUGGUACAGUUGUUGAUCAUACAGUCACUAGGAGAGACAGGUAUGACUAUUUCAUUGUCUCCCAACAUGUCAGACAUGGCACAGUCAGUCCUACACACUACAUAGUUGUAGAUGAUGGGAUAGGCCUGAAACCUGGUCAGAUGCAGAGAUUGACCUACAAGAUGACUUAUUUGUACUAUAACUGGCCUGGUACUGUCCGUGUUCCUGCCCCUUGUCAGUAUGCACACAAGCUGGCCUACUUAGUGGGAGAGAGCAUAGGAAGGGAGCCUGCAGAGUGUCUAUCAGAUCGGUUGUUCUUUUUGUAAAAUCCGUCCCAUAACUGGCAGCCAAUUUGUGUUGGAUCACCUUAGAAAAGAAAUUGUUUUAUGUGUAAUGCUGCAGCAUCUUUAAAAAAAACUACUUGUUUUUAUGCCAAAGUAUUUGUGUACAUAUGUUUUAUCUUUAAUGAAGCCAAUAGCUGCAGCUAGCAAAGUGUAUCACGCACAGAUUUACAUUGGAUGUGCAUUGUUUCAUACUUGUGUAUAUGAUGAUUGUGUUCUUGUGGUUUCAUUGUGUUCAACUAUUCAACAACUAGACAGGUUCUAUUUUUAAUGUGAGUUCCCUUUUGUUAUAUUUAGUUUACAAAACGAGUUUUAAGUAUCCUGCAUUAUCAUGAUUGUUCUUAGCAAACUUGUGUAGUUUGUAUGUUUGUUUCAUGCUACAUUUCUUCCUUAAUGAGUUCAGCUGUGUCUUCGGCACAUGCAUUCAGGCCUGAGCAGUAUCUUACAAUUGAGAUAAACAAAAAAGAUUCAUGAGAAACGCAACUGUGGCAUAUAAUAUGAAAGUUGUUUGAAGAUGAGACAAGUUCUUCCAAGUCCACAACAUUUGCAUUAAGACAAGUCUUCCCAAAUCCUAUGUCAACAGAAAAAGGAUAACAUUUUUUAAAAAAUAAAUGCUUUUCAAACAAGACACUAGCUUUGGAGCCAAAUAGUUUGACAGAAUUUGUUUUUGUUUGUAUAACUUAAAAGUUGCUUAGUUCUGCAUGUAGAUUUAGAUGUCUAACAUCUGUAUGCGUUGUUCUGUCAAAAUGAGUUAGUUUUUUUUAAUUCUGUGAUUCUACCAAAUUACUUAAAUAUAUUUCACUGUAGUUUUUUAAAAAAAGUAAAUAAAAUGAUCUGAUUCUCUGGAACUCCACAAUUUUUUAGAUGAGCUUUGCGCAAUUAAAUGACAAUAAUAUAUUGAUAGAACAGUAACUCAUUAGUUUGAGUGAUCAUGGGGCAUCAACUCUUCCAUUAGCUCCUUUUCCCACCAUGUGACCUACAUUAGAUUGGUACUUACAAAACUGAAAACCACGGUGUUCAACUACUAAGACAUUAGCAUUACUAAUGUGGUCUGAAUCAAAUGGACACUACGACUCUACACUGAUUCCAAAUUUUUAGUUGCCUGUCACAACCAUAACUUUGUCUGUACAUUCAAGUCAAAACCACAAGAACUUUCUCUGUCCAUACAUUCAAAUCACAACCACUAAUACGCUAUCUACCUCAAUUACUUCAAUAGUAGUUUGUCAUGGAACAAAUAUUUGUUUAGAAGUUUGACAUGACUCUUUUGACUUUUAAAUGCAAGCAGUUGUAAUGCAGAAACUUUCUAAAUGUUGAGAAUUUGUAGCUGCUUAUAGCAAACAACUCUUUGCAGUCAAUUAUUUGCUUUCCUAAGUGGAUAAACUGAUCACAUAUUAGCAUUCAAGAUCAUUCUUAUAUUUAUUUUAUUGAUCACAUUUUAGCAUUCAAGAUCAGGUUUUUUUACAAAUGAUUAUUUAAAAGAUUUGAUUCUAUUUAUAAACAUGAGAAAACAUUGCUAGACGUAAGUAAGAGAUUUUCAUAA